AUGGCGGCAGAAAGAGCUGAUUCAUCAGUCUUAGAGAAGGGAGAUAAAAGUCAAUUUUACAACAUCACCAUUCACAAAAAUGAAAUUACAGCCAUUCAUGACCUUCAGCAAAAUUUAAAUGUCAUCAGAAUCUAUCUAACAGAUGAUAAAAUAAAGGAGGCUUUGGAUAAUACUAAUCCUAUUGAUGAAGUGGUGAAUUUUAAGGAUUUUAUCAGAGCAUUGAACAACAGUGAUGAAUUUAUCGAGUGCCAAAAAAUAGAAGAUGCAUCUAACAUUGUUAAUAGUGUCUUUGAUGGGAAAGUUGAAGUUAAAGACCUUUUAUCUCCCUUGGAGAGCGUGGAGAAACUUUUAAGUAAAGAAAAACCUGAGGCGUUACUGAACUGUGCAACAGACAAAAAUAAAAAGAUUGUAAAAGAUAUAAUUGGUGUUUUCACUAAUUCACCGAAACCAUCAACACCAUUCAACAAUUUAUUUAAAGAGAUUACAACUCUUGAUAAGAUCAGAAAUGAUAAGAUGCCUGCAAAUGAACUGAGCUUCCAACUCUUGAGUGCAGGAAUUCCAUUAAGCAACAAGACAUUCCAGGAGAUUCUGGGUCAAGCAUCUAUUGAUGAAAAUAGUGAAGUAAGUCUCAAACAAAUUUUGGAGGCUUUGAACACAAAUAAGCCAGCUCCUGAAUUUCAAGAUUUAUCUACUGCCCUCCAGACUGUUAACCUGAUGGACUGCAACAAAAUUCAAAUUAACAACUUGCAAGAUGCUUUUGAUGACCUCAAUAUUUCUGUAAAGCCGGAAGAAUACCAGAUGUUAGAGAAAACGCUUGAUGUUGAUGAAAAGGGAGAUGUUUCCCUAAAGACUGCCCUUUUAGCACUGAAGAGCAAUAAGCGUUUGCAAGAUUUUAGAGAGGUUAAUGAACUUGCAAAUGCCUUAAACAAAGUCACCAGUGAAAAAGUUGAUGUUGAUGAAGUAAAAUCUAUACUGAAAGGCCUGGGGAUUUAUUUCCCAGAGGAAGAAUUACAGGAGGUGCUUAUAUCCAUUCCUCUUGAUAACGAGGGGAAAGUGGACUUAAAAGAUUGUCUGACUCAGUUAAUGAAAAUGCCAUAUUUUACAAAAGUUUCAAAAGAAGAAGGCCCCCUGAGAGCUCUGGCUGCCAUUAGGAAGAAUGUGGUCACUCCUGAGGACCUAGGCUCCAUUAUGAAAUAUAUAGGUGUUCCGUUGCCUGAAGAUGUGUUCCAAAGAUCGCUGCAGAGUGUGACUCUCACGGAGGACGAGAAAGUGAAUCUAGGAGAGUUUGUGGGCAAUUUAAUCAAUUCAGGAUUUUCACCUCUACCUGAAAGAAGUAGGGUUGAUGAUAGCAACCUAGGCACUUUUCCAGGAAACAUGAGGAUGGAGAUGUCAGCUGAUAAAAAAGUGAACAAGAAGAAUGGGAUAAAAGAUAGGAGGUCAUCUACUGCUAAAGGGAAGACUGAUCUGAAAACACUGAUAGAUACAGUACAAGAUAUUACAGGAGGAGAAGUUGACUUCAGUGAGCUGGAUAAUGUCCUGCAAAAAAUGGGGAUAGAUCCCUCACCUAAAGAACACUUGGAGCUAAAUAAGUCACUUCCAGUUAAUGCUAGUAGAAAUGUAUAUAAAAAUAGGUUGCUGACUUGUCCAGAAGAUAUAAUAGGGUUGCAGGUUGAUGACCAUGACCUUGACUCUAUUCUUGAAAACAUGGCAAUCAGACUUACAGCUGAGGAACUUAAUGAUCUUACUCCAACUCUACCAGUUGAUGCUAAUGGGAAGUUUGGUGUCAGUAUCUUAACAGAUGGAAUGGAUGGAGUAAAAGCUAUUAGAGGAAAGGUUGAUGUUAAUGACUUGAAAAAAGUUCCAGGAAACACGGGGAGAGAACUCAAAGAUAAGAAACAUGGGGAGUUGGUGAACAAUCUGCCAAUCAAUGGAGAGAUUAUUGAUGUCAAUAAAGCAGAUGCUCCUUUGCAAAAUAUGGGGAUGAGCCUUUCAGAAAAGGAAAUAAAUGAUCUGAAACAAGAUCUACCAGUUGAUGUUCAUGGGAAGGUUGAAAUGAAAAAGCAUAUGGAUGGAAUAAAACUUUUUACAGGAAAAAAGGUUCAUGUCAGUGACCUGGAGAAAGUUCUGGGAAGCAUGCGGAUCGAGCUCACAGAUGAGGAACUUAAAAAACUACGGGAAACUCUGCCAAUUGAUGCUGCUGGAAACGUAUUUCAGAGCAGAAUGUUGGAUAAUGUGAAAUCCUUUAAAGGAGGAAAGGUUAAGGUGAAUAACCUGGACACUGUCCUGGAAAACCUGGGAAUCAAGCUCACACAAAAGGAACUUGAAGGUGUAACAGAAAAUCUGCCACUUACUGCUAAUGGGAAGGUUGAGCUCAGCACAUUGAUGGAUGCAGUGACCAAUGUUACAGGAGGAGAAGUUAAUGUCAGCGAUAUUGAAAGUAUUCUGGAAAAAACUGGGAUAGAGCUCACAGAGAAGGAGUGCUUGGAACUAAAGAAGUAUCUGCCAGUUGAUGCUGUUGGAAAGGUGUACCAAAAUAGGUUGAAGGAUGGUGUGAAAACCCUUAAAGGAAAAAAGAUUGAUGCCAAUGAUCUGCUAGAAGUUCUGGGAAACAUGGGGAUCGAGCUCACUGAGAAAGACUUUGUGAAGCUGAAACAAACUGUACCAAUUGACGCUGCUGGAAAGGUGUAUCAGAACAGAUUGCUGGAUGGUGUGAAGUCUAUAAAAGGAGGAAUGGUUAAAGUCAAUAACCUAGACAAUGUUCUAGAAAACCUGGGAAUUGAACUCACAGAAAAGGAACGUGAAGGUCUGACAGAAUAUUUGCCACCUGAUGCUAAUGGGAAGAUUGGUCUCAAAAAAUUAAUGGAAGCAGUGGAAACUAUUACAGGAGGAGAGGUUGAUGUCAGUGAUGUGGGAAAUGUCCUGGAAAACAUAGGAAUAACUGUCACAGAUAAGGAAUGUGGAGAGCUGGUAAAAAAUCUGCCAGUUAAUGCUAAUGGGAAAGUCUACAAGAAUAGGUUGCUGGAUGGUUUGAAGUCUCUUAAUGGAGGGAUUGUUAAUGUCAAUAAACUUGAUUCGGUUUUGAAAACCAUGGGAUGGAAACUCACAGAAGACGAAAUUAAGGAUCUCAAAUGCAACCUGCCCACUGAUGUAUAUGGAAGAGUUGCAAUGAAAAAGUUGUUUGAUGGAUUAAAAGCUUCUACAGGAAAAAAGAUGAAUGCGCAACAUGUACCAGAUUUUGUGAGCAAUUUGGGUGUUGAGCUAACAGAUAAAGAACAAAAGAGGCUGCUGAAGAAGCUUCCAGUUGAUGCUUCCGGGAAGAUCUAUCAAAAUAUGUUGUUGGAUAAUCUGAAGUCUUCCAAAGGAGAAAAGUCUGAUCUCAACGGUAUGAAAACUGUUCUGGAAAACGUGGGGAUAGAGCUCAAAGAUAAAGAAUGCUUGGACAUGAUGAAACAUCUUUCUAAGGAUGGGAAGGUCAAUGUCAACGACUUGAAUGCUAUACUGGAUAAUAUGGGAAUCAAGAUCUCAGAUAAGGAACUUAAGGUUCUGACUAGAAAUCUCCCUGCUGAUGGUGAGAAGAUUGAUUCUAGUGAUCUGAAAAAUUUCCUGGAAAGCCUGGGGAUUGAGCUCACAGAUAAGGAAAAAGAGAAGCUGCUGAAAACACUGCCAGUUAAUGCUGCUGGAAAGGUAUAUCAAAAUGGGUUGCUGAAGGGUAUGAAAUCUCUCAAAGGGGGGAAGGUUCGUGCAAAUGACCUGGACAACACUCUAAAAAAACUGGGAAUUGAGCUCACAGAAGAGGAACUUGCAAAGCUGUCAGAAAACCUACAAAUUGAUGCUAAUGGGAUGGCUGGUCUGAAAGAGGUAAUGGAUGGAGUAAAAGCUACUACAGGAGGGGAGGUUGAUGCCAAAGACGUGAAAACUAUUCUGAAAAACAUGGGAAUAGAGUUCACAGAUAAGGAAUGUUUGAAGCUGAUGAAAAAUCUGCCUUUCAAUGAUGAUAACAAGGUCUUUAAGAACAGAUUGCUAGAAGGUGUGAAGUCUCUUAAAGGUGGGAAGGUCAAUAUCGACAACCUGGACACCAUUCUGAACAACCUGGGGAUCAAGCUUGCAGAUACGGAACUUAAAGAUCUGGCUGAAAACAUGCAUGUUGGUGUUGAUGAGAAAAUUCCUCUAGAAACACUGAUGGAAAACAUCACAGAUUUUACAGGUGAGAAGAUUGAGUCAAGUGAUCUAAAAAAUGUUCUGAGAAAUCUCGGAAUUGAGGUUACAGAUAAGGAACUAGAGAAGAUGCUGAAAAUACUGCCAAUUGAUGCUAAUGGAAAGUUAUAUCGUAAUAGAUUACUGAAGGCUAUGAAGUCUCUCAAUGAUGGGAAGAUGAAAAAGAAUAAACUCCAUACUAAUUUGGAAAAUAUGGGAAUGAGACUCACAGAAGAGGAAUUUGCUGAAUUGUCAGGACAACUACAAGUUGAUGCGAAUGGGAAUGUUGAUCUGCCUAACUUGAUGGAAGCAGUGAAAGCUAUUACAGGGAAGGUUGACAUCAAGAACCUGGAAACCGUUCUAGGCAACAUGGGAAUCAAGCUCACUGACAAGGAACUUGAAGAUCUGAAACAAAACCUGCCUGUCAGUGUUGAUAAUAAAGUUGCUCUGAAAACUUUGAAGGAUGAAGUGAAAGCUUUUACAGGAGAAAAGAUUGAUUCCAGUGACCUACAAAAUAUUCUGAAAGACAUGGGGAUUGAGCUUACAGAUAUGGAGCACAAGCAUCUACUGAAAACACUGCCCAUUGAUGCUCAUGAAAAGGUGUUUCAAAACAGGUUGCUGAAGGAUGUGAGAUAUAAUAAAAGAGGGAAGGUUGAUGUAAAUAACCUGGAUCCUGUUUUAGAAGCCAUGGAGGUCAAGCUUACAGAACAGGAACUCAGUCUGAUAAAGGAUCUUCUGAGUGGCUAUAAGAAAGUUGAUCUGAAAAACCUGAUGGAUAAGGUAGAAGCUGUUACAGGGGAGGAAGUUGAUAUCAACGACUUGGGAACAGUUCUAAGAAACAUGGGAAUAGAACUCACAGAUAAAGAACUCUCACAACUGGUGAAAAAUCUGCCAGUUGAUAAUGGAAAGGUCUACCAGAGAAGGUUGCUGGAUGGUAUAAAGUUUCUUAAAGGAGGGAAGAUUGACUCCAGUAAAGUGGAUGCAGUUUUGGGAAACAUGGGCAUGGACCUCACUGAAAAGGAGCUUAAAGACAUAACACAAAACCUGCAGGUUGAUGUUAAAGGUAAAGCUGAUCUAGAAAAGCUGAUGAAUGAAGUAAAAUCUUUUUCGGGAGGUAAAGUUGAUGCUAAUAAACUUGAAAGUAUUUUGGAAAACUUGGGGAUUGAGCUCACACCUAAUGAACGUUUGAAUUUAGUGAAGACACUGCCACUUAAUGCUGAUGGAAAAGUGUAUCAAAAAAGGUUGAUGAAGGGCAUAAAGUCUCUCAAACAAGGCAAUGUUGAUGUCAACAAGCUGGACACUCUUUUAGAAAACAUGGGAAUCAGCAUCAAAGAAAAAGAAUUCAUGGAUCUGAUAGAAAGACUGCCAGAUGCUGAUAAAGGGAAGAUCAAACUAAAUACAUUGAUGGAAGAAUUGAGUACUGCUUUAGGAGAGCAGAUAGAUGUCAGUGAUGUAUAUGAUGCUCUGAAAGACAUGAAAAUUGAGGUCACAGACAAAGAAUACUUUAAUUUAGUAAAAACUCUACCACUUGAUGCUGAAGGAAAGGUGUAUCAAAAAAGGUUGCUGGAUGGUGUGAAGACUCUUAAAAGAGGAAAGGUUGAUAUGAAUAACCUGGACACAUUUCUGGAAAAUAUGGGGAUUAAGCUCUCACAUAAAGAACUUGAAGAUUUUUCACAAAACCUACCAGUUGAUGUUGAUGGGAAGGUUGAUCUGGAAAAUGUGACACUGAAAAUGAAAGAUUUUACAGGAGAAAAGAUUGAUGCCACUAAUCUGAAAAAUAUUCUUGGAGACAUGGGGAUAGAAGUCAAUGAUAAGGAAUGUCUUGAUCUACAAAAAUCACUACCAAUUGAUGAUGAUCAGAAAGUUUUUCGGAAUAGAUUGCUAUCAACUUUGAAGUCUUUCAAAGGAGGAAAGAUUGAUGUCAAUAACCUGAACACAGUUCUGGGGAACAUGGGGAUCAAGCUCAAAAAUAAGGAACUUAAAAGUGUGAUACAAAAUCAACCUAUGGAUGCUGAUGGAAAUGUUUCUCUGCAAAAAGUGAUGAGUGACGUGACAGCAGUUACAGGAGAAAAAGUUAAUGUCAAAGAUCUGAAAAAUAUUUUGAAAGACAUUGGGAUAGAAUUCACACCUAAAGAAUACCUGGAACUGGUAAAAAAUCUUCAAGUUGAUAGUAAGCAUUUCAAAUACUAUUAG